CCGGACGUGACGUAGGAAGAGUUCCGGCUUCGGCCUCCGCCGCUGCCGCCGCCGCCGCUACUACUGCCGCCGCCGCUGCCGCCGUCGCCGUCGGGGCUUGUUAUUUCUAAAAUGGCGCCCCUAGACUUGGACAAGUAUGUGGAGAUAGCGCGGCUGUGCAAGUACCUCCCGGAGAACGACCUGAAGCGGCUAUGUGACUAUGUUUGUGACCUCCUCUUAGAAGAGUCAAAUGUCCAGCCAGUAUCAACACCAGUAACAGUGUGUGGAGACAUACACGGACAGUUUUAUGACCUUUGUGAGCUAUUCAGAACUGGAGGUCAGGUUCCUGACACAAACUACAUAUUUAUGGGUGAUUUUGUAGACAGAGGCUACUAUAGUUUGGAGACCUUCACUUACCUUCUUGCACUAAAGGCUAAAUGGCCUGAUCGUAUUACACUUUUGCGAGGAAAUCAUGAGAGUAGACAGAUAACACAGGUGUAUGGAUUUUAUGAUGAGUGCCAAACCAAAUAUGGAAAUGCUAAUGCCUGGAGAUACUGUACCAAAGUUUUCGACAUGCUCACAGUAGCAGCUUUAAUAGAUGAGCAGAUUUUGUGUGUUCAUGGUGGUUUAUCUCCUGAUAUCAAAACACUGGAUCAAAUUCGAACCAUUGAACGGAAUCAGGAAAUUCCUCAUAAAGGAGCAUUUUGUGAUCUGGUUUGGUCAGAUCCUGAAGAUGUGGAUACUUGGGCAAUCAGUCCCCGAGGAGCAGGUUGGCUUUUUGGCGCAAAGGUCACAAAUGAGUUUGUUCAUAUCAACAACUUAAAACUCAUCUGCAGAGCACACCAACUAGUGCACGAAGGCUAUAAAUUUAUGUUUGAUGAGAAGCUGGUAACAGUAUGGUCAGCUCCUAAUUACUGCUAUCGUUGUGGAAAUAUUGCUUCGAUCAUGGUCUUCAAAGAUGUAAAUACAAGAGAACCAAAGUUAUUCCGGGCAGUUCCAGAUUCAGAACGUGUUAUUCCUCCCAGAACGACGACGCCGUAUUUCCUUUGAGGCCUUCGCCCAUCCUGCUGACCCAUUUUUCUGCCCUCUUCUUACCCCAACUCUUGUGUAUUACCCUCUUCAAUAUACUUUUUAUCGAGCACUUUGCUGCUGAAAUGCUGCCUCUUGCCUUUUUUUUUUUAAUUUUAAAUUAUCUAAAUUUAUUGUUUGUUACGGUGUCUAUAGCAAUGUUUUUCUAUCAAUUUUCUCUCCCAUCCCAUCCCCACCUUGGACUCAUUUGAAAAGACUUGAGAAAUGUCUUAAUACUCACACUGCUGCAUGUAGCUCUUGCUUAUUUACUGGUCUGGGGGAAACAGGAUGUGUUUCCUCUUUUUAAAAAGCCAAUUGACAGAACAGACUACACCGAAAUGCUCCUCCUUUUGUAUCAUUCAGCCUUUUGUUUUAGUUUGGUAAGUUUUAAGAAAUUUCAGCAGCAAAGUUGUUAUUCAGUGGGCACGAUGGACUGCAGAUGCCUCGAGUUAUGUAUACCUGUCCCAGAUGUAAACGUCAUUGUCCUUUGUUGGAUGAUAUUUUAAGUGGAUAUAAAAUAAAUUGGUCUAAAGGGCUGCCCUCCUUGUUGUGUUUUUAAAUUUUAGUUAAAACUGCUACAGCAUACGACUUUGUACAGUAAGAUAAUUGUAUUGAUCUUUUUUCAGAUUCCUUGUAUUUUUUAAUAAAGUACUCUUAAAUAAAACCCAGAUAGGUUAAAGUGUUAGAAAUUUUAAACAGCUUACAUUGUUAGUUUAAAGUUAUUCUUUCCCCCCCCCCUUCUAAUCAGAGUUCUUGACCCUUUGGUUAUUGAGUUUAAAACUUCACCUGAAAUUCAAUACUAUUUAUUUAAAAAAAAAAAAAAAAUCACUAAACUGUGCCUAAAGAACAUAACUGCCAUAUUAAUGUUUUGGUUUAUAUUCUCUAGAGUAAUAGAAAAACAUUUAAUACUUGUAAUGCUGAUGUGUUCAUUUGAUACCAGUUGAGUAGAAUGUGAUCGAUCCAGUUUACAAACUAUCAUGAGUAUCAUUAAGUAAAAUCUGUGUACUUUUCGAUGGGAAUCAUUCUUCUCUUGUUGUAACACUUGACCUUAACUUUUAGAAAGUGUUCAUUUUUUAACUGCAACUGGAAAGGUUGAAAAGUCAGGACUUGUAUUUGUGAACUGUAAUUGGAAGCAAAAUUUAAAAAAGUGUAGGAAGAAACAGAUUGUCCUUUUUUUGUAAAGGUCUGUGAUACCAUGUUUCGGCUUUGUGUAAGUAAUUUGAAUAUCCAAAGGGUGUGAUGAUCAGUUCUUUAUAUGCAACUGUCCACUUAAUAAGGACAAGUGUUCCAGUGUCUCUUAUGACUCUGGUCAUAAGUGAUGUCGGAAUUUACUAUUUUGUGAAAUAGUUGGUAUCCCUUUACUACUAUAAUUAAUUUUUGUCAUUCCAGGAAAUCUUUGUGAAGCCAGCCAGUUAAUAAAGCACUUUAGUAUCUGUUCAGGUAGUUUUGAAAACCAACUUUUCCCCUUCAGGAUAAGAACUUCCAGGUUACCUAAAAAUGCAAUAAAAAAUCUUUAUAGUCUAAGCUUCUUGGCACAUAAUUUUUCAUCAGGGUUUUUUUUUUCUUUUUUAUUAAAUGAGCACAAUAAUGUUUUGUUUUUUGU